AUGUCUUUUUAUUUAUUUAAGCCGGCGGGCGGCGGCUCGGGGCGCGUGUGCGUGUGGGCGGUGCGCGGCGCUCGGCGCGGCCCGCAGCUGGCGCACGCGCGCGCCGCCGCCGCCGCCUUCCUGCCGCGCCGAGUGCGCGCCGCGCCGCGCCGCCUGCUCGUGCUCACCGCCGACGGCCUUCAUAUAGUCCGAAGCCUGACCGGCGGCACAGAAGGUGGAGCGCGACGUGGAUCGUGCACGCCCGCCGCCGCGCCGCCGUGCGCGCCGUGCACGAGCGCGCCGCGGCCGCCGUGCCGCGCGCGCUCGCCCGCCGCCCCGCGCGGCGAGCGCGUCGUGUGCUGCGCGCCGCGCGCCCGCCCGCGCCCUCCCUGCGCCGCGCCCGACCCGCCGCCUCCGGUCACUUGUAAAAACAAUCCACAUCGGGGGAAGCGGUUUGUAAAAUGUAGCGAGGAACUGAAAGGUGAUUGCGGAGCUCCACUGGACCGAGUGGCGAUGCGCCUGGCGGCCGCCGAGCGCGUCCGUCGAUUGGAUUACGAACGAGAAGUAGCGGAGCGCGAACCUCCGUCAGCUCCCGUCGCAGAGCCGUACAAACUCGCCGGUGAACACGAGUGUUUGAGGGCGACAGAUGGCCGUGAUUAUACGGUAUCAAAACCACAAAACGCACCUAGCCGCUGCAGUUCUAACCGCGAACCCCCACCGCCUUGUCCGAUAGAUUUAAAACCCUCCGAUGCAUGCGAAAUCAGCCGUGGACAACAUCUUGAUCCUUGUGAGCAUCAACCGCGCGUCUUUCUCGAAAUAGAUCGAAGUUCCAAUGCCCGAUCUACCGCUCCAGAGAAACAAAGUAAUGAUACGAGCGAAACUAGUAAAACCCCUCCUAAACCGUCGUCUUCUGCAGGACGUUUUACUACACGUAUACUUGAAAGUCUAAAACGAAGUGGAAGUACUGUUUGUCCUCGAAAAUCGACUUCUGAGAAAACUAUAACUCGAUCUGUCGAUAACAGCUGGUGUGAAAAUUUGCCACCUCCGAAAAGUGUCCCGGUGAGCUGUAAGGAGCAAUCGCUUACUGAACGCCUACGACAAAGGCCUGGUGGGAAAUCCAGUCAACAUUGUAAUCCGAAACGUAAUAUGCACACAAAAACAUCGAAUACACCUUGUUCCUCUAAAACUAGUGCUCGUUUACAAGAAAACACGAAGCAAGAUAAAUCAAAAUCUUCGUGGCAUGAAAGGGCAGAGUUGAAAGAAGCAGGUCAAGGACGCGUGGUCCCAGCACAUAAAAAGGAACAGAAAAAUCGAAAAAUGGGUGCCGGCGGCCUUGAGCUAAAUGUCCCUCCCAACACGGAAGCUGUACGAGUUCGAGUGUCACUUGAUUUUAAAGCUGUUGAUACCAAUGGACGUUGUAUAAACCCUGUAAUAGAAGAUGACACAAAUUCGCGAACUUUAUCAUCAUGUCAUAGUAUUGGAGGAUCCAAUUCAUGGUUGUCGAUAAAAAAUCUUCAAAAAAAAUUUUCACGUAAAAAAGAUACUUCCACAGAGGUGAAAACACAAGAUAGUAAUCGUAUAUGUGCACGUCCAAAUGGAACUAAGAAAGCUAUUCCAGAAAAACAGUCUGAUUGUUCUGUGGGCCAGAGAAAUAAACAAACUAAUGACUCUAGCUCAAACACACCAAUAUCACAGAGACCUUGUCCUCCGUCGCCGUGCACUCCGCGGACUCAGGAACCCAAAUCUCGAUUUGCGUCCACUCGGGACUUUCUCAUAGUUCUCUAACUGUCAACGACUGUAACACAUGCAUAUAUUAUGUCUGCCAAACUUUGUCACUAAUUCAAGCUUUUGUAAAUUUUCCUUAAUUUGGAAUAAAUGAAUAAACAAGUGUC